AUGGGGGACAAUCCGAAAAGGCUAUAUCGGUUGGACGUAGUUGCUCAUAUAGCCGGGGUCAUCAACGACGAGCCACAGCGAUGCAUCAGGAGCAUGCGGUGGCAGCAGGGCAUGCGACUCGAUGAGCGGUAUGUUCUGUACUUGCAGAUGGCCGGAUUAUACCAUCUUGGGAGGCUGGACGAUAGAUGGUUCUGGUUAGAUGAGCCCCUUGUCAGUGCCUUCGUCGAGCGGUGGUGUCCGGAGACGCACACCUUCCAUAUGCCGUUCAGAGAGUGCACUAUCACACUUCAGGACGUGGCGUACCAGUUGGGGUUGCCAGUGGAUGGGUAUUAUGUUAGUGGUUGCCUUACAGAUUUCCAGAUAUACAUCCAGGGUGGCCGUCCAGCUUGGGUGUGGUUCCAGGAGUUGCUUGGAGUGAUUCCUCCUCCGAGCCAGGUUCAGAAGUUCGCAGUAAACUGCACCUGGUUCCAGGAGACUUUUGGAGAGUGCCCUGAGGGAGCCGAUGAGGAGACUGUGUGA